AUGUUGCAGAGAGCUGCAAGCAAUGCAUAUUCAUGGUGGUGGGCUAGCCACAUCAGAACAAAGCAAUCAAAAUGGAUGGAGCAAAACCUCCAAGAUAUGGAGGAAAAGGUGCAUGGUGUUUUGAAGCUCCUAGAGGAAGAGGGAGAUUCCUUUGCCAAGAGAGCAGAAAUGUAUUACAAAAGAAGACCAGAACUGAUAAACUUUGUGGAAGAAUCAUUCAGGGCAUACCGUUCUUUAGCUGAUAGGUAUGAUCAUAUAUCUACAGAGUUGCAAAAUGCCAAUAACACCAUUGCUUCUGUGUGCCCUGAUCAAGUCCCAUAUAUGGGUGAUGACGAUGAUGAUGACGGGUCACCAAGACCAAGGACCCCCAAAAAAAUGCCAGAAGGGUUCAAACCAAAUAUUCCAAAGGUUCCAAAGCCCCCACUUAGAGAUUUAAAAAGUAUCAUAACGACAGCCACUAAGAAACUCAAUCCCAAGAAGAUAGCCACCACAGCAUCAGCUCCUAAAGUUGCUAAAUCUGGUUUGAGCAGAAAGGAAGCAAUUGAAGAGGUUGACAAGCUGCAGAAACAGAUUUUGGCACUACAAACUGUGAAGGAGUUUGUGAAGAGCUCUUAUGAUAAUGCCAUUGCAAAGUACUGGGACACUGAGAACCAGAUCAAGGAAUUGCAAGAGAAAGUUUCCAACUUGCAAGAUGAACUUGGUGAAGGUAUUGUUAUUGAUGAUGAGGAAGCCCGACAUUUGAUGGCAGAAGCAGCUCUUCGGUCAUGCCAAGAGACAUUGUCACAAUUGCAAGAGAAACAGACUAUAUCACUUAAUGAGACCAAAAUUGAGUCCAAAAGGGUAAAGGAAGUAAGGGAAAAGUUAAGUUCUCUCAUGGAUGAGUUCCAUUGUGAUCAAACCAAUCCCAAAGAGCCAAGGGCCAAAAGAGAUGUAAAACAAGUAGCAGGAACAAAGGACUGGGAUGAAGAUGUGAGCAAAAUGACUCGGCAAAAACAGGAGAUGGAGUUACUACAGAAGAAAAUAAAAGAGCACUUUGAGGCUGGCUCUUAUUCAUCUCUUACGGUGACAGAAAUGGCAGAAAAGAUUGAUGAGCUUGUCAACAAAGUUAUCAGCUUAGAAACUGCAGUUUCUUCCCAGACAGCUCUUGUAAAGAGAUUACAAGUAGAAACUGGUGAACUUAAUUCCCUGAUUCGAAUUCUAGAAGGUGAUAAAGAAAGUUUGAUCAAUGAUAAAGCUAAAUUGCACAAGCAACUGAGAGAAAUGGAUGAAAAGCUGCAAGGAGUACAGGAUCUAAACCAAAUUGUUGAAGACCAGAAUAGCAAUCUAGAAACCCAUUUCACCGAAGCACGUUGUAAUCUUGAUAAUCUCUCGGAGAAAGUCCAAAAGGAAAAGCCAGAUGAGGUCAGGGAAAUAUCAGUAACUGGAAAAAAUUCAUCAAGGGAAGCUGAAUCAAAACAUGAUCUUGAAGGACAAUAUGGAUUGAAUCAAGACAACAUCUUACUGAAUGAUGCAAAAUCCAAAGAGGAACACAAGGUCACUGCUGUAAUUGAAGAUUCUGUGAACUCAGAUAAGGAGCUUAAGGUUGCUGGUGUGGUGAAAGAUGAUGUAAGGUUAGAUAAUACGCCUAAGGUCACAGGUUCAUUGGAAAACGAGGUUAAGAUCACCAAUGUACCUAAAGCGGAGGAGGAAACCACAGUGGAAAACAAAUCUCCAAUACAAUUGAAAGAAAGUGAGAAGACCAUGGAUUCUAGCCGUAAUGACAAAAUAAAAUCAAUGGAUGCUUUGAGAGCUACUGCUGGAAAUCUGGAAGUAAUCCAACACCAGACAAGAGAAGAGGGUUCUGUUAAACAGCAAGAAGAUGAUUCUAAGCAAGUUUCAUCAGGGACAGUGACUACUCUUAAAGAUGAUUCCCCGGAGCAGACUGUGACACUAAAAGAUGAAUCUGAUUCUCAGCAACUGCUUAUAAAGGAAAUGGAGGAUAGGGAAAAAGCUUUGCUGUCAGAGUAUACCAAUGCUCUUAAGAAUUACGAAGACACGAGGAACAAGCUGGCUGAACUAGAGAAGAAAAAUCAAAAUGCCCUCUUUGAGUCAUCUUUGCAGCUGAAAGAACUGAAGACUUCCAAUGCUAUGAAAGAUGAAGAGAUUAGACUCCUACAUCAGAAACUAGACCUCCUGCAGAAAAGCUUGGAGGGAAAAGAGGUUUUGGGAGAGAUACCAUCAGCGCAGCGACCAGAACAACAUGACAUUGUGGAAAUUUAUAAAUUGGAAGAAACUGAACCUACAACAUCAGCCAUUGAAGAGAGGUUCCGAAUGAGCAUUGACGAACUUCUAGAGGAGAACCUAGACUUCUGGUUAAAAUUCAGUACUUCGUUUACUGAGAUACAGAAAUUUGAAAGCACGAUAAAAGAUUUGCUGACUGAGGUAUCAAAACUUGAGGAAAAAUGGAAAUCAUCAGAAGGCAGUAGUAGCAUAAAAUAUUCUUUGAAAUCAGACGCAAGACCACUUUAUAAACACCUUGCAGAGAUCCUAAAUGAACUGACUGGGUGGUUGGAAAACAGUGCAAUGCUGAAGGAAGAACUUCAAAAUAGAUUCUCAUCCUUGUGUGAAAUCCAAGAAGAGAUAACUGCAGCAUUGAAAUCAAGUGCGGAAGAUGACGAAUUCAAGUUCACAAGCUAUCAAGCAGCCAAGUUCCAAGGUGAGGUUUUGAACAUGAAACAAGAGAACAACAAAGUUGCUGAUGAACUUCAAGCAGGUCUAGAUCUAGUAACAACACUCCAACUAGAUGCUGAGAAGGCUCUUGCAAAGUUGAACGAGCGAUUUGGGCUCUCAAACUCUAAAAUAAGCAAUGUUAGACCUGUAGAUUCUCGGAACCAGGUUCCUCUCAGGUCAUUUAUCUUUGGUGUCAAACCAAAGAAACAAAAGCAAUCAAUCUUCUCCUGCAUGACCCCUGGAAUGCACAGAAAAUACCGUGCUUUGAGAGGAUAA